UCGUUUUAAUCGCUCCCCUGCUCAUCAACUUCCCCCCUCAUCAACAUAACAAUUAUUGUCAUGACGGAAUACGAAUCUGAAUUAACGGGAUUGGAAUUCGUUGCGAAUGUCCUCCAGUCUAUCAAGCUAUUAGUGUGGGGGGAUCUCGCAGUACACUAUCUCGGCGUUCCCGUGGUACAUGGGGCAAGUACUCGCUGCUGUCUAUUCCUACCUAUCAUUCUUUGGGUAGUUCUAACUCAUUAUUAUAGUGCUAUAUGCUUGGAGUAGCCGAUGACGAAAUGGAACAAGCAGCGUCGAAGCUUGCAGAUGUAGGGUUCAUCCGUCAGCCCUGGUCCUUUGGUUCUACAAUAGAUCCUGCCACCCGUAAAGACGACGAGGUGUUCCAAUGUUACAACGGCUUCGGGCCUCGUAUCAUGUGACCACUUAUGAAGUCACGUGGUAUCUUAGAUCCCUUCGAUCUCUUUACCGAAGGGACCGAAGGGACCGAAGGGACGAUUAGUAUGAAGGUCUAUAUAACCAAGAUGGAUUUCCUUUGUAUAGAGCUUCGUGCUCAAGAUCAAUCAUUUAGUAUACUCUAUUAUUAGUUACGAAUAGUAUAUCAUUAUCGUUGUUAUUUAAGUCCCUGCUUGACGCUUAGUU